AUUUCACAAAUAAUUUUAUAGCAAAAAUACACAGUUUAAACUAUAUUUUGAAUAGUAAAGGCGCAGUAUUAUAAAUUUAAAUAAACAUUACACCAUAAAACCUAUAUUUGCAAUUAAAAAUUUGAGUUUAAAGCAUUGAAAUCAAACAAAUAAGCAAGAAGGAAAAAAAUCAAUAAAACUCCCUACAUUAGGAAUUCGCAAGCAAAUGUGAAACAAACUCAGCAUCAUUCAUCACACAAAGGAUCAGAAACAACAAAAUCAAAUCUGGCGCAUAAGAAAAUAAUAAAAUGUCAGACGAAGAUUCUAUGUCUGAGGGCUUUUCAGCCAGUGAAGAUGAAUGGAAGCCAAACAAAGAUGUAAAGGGUGGCGAGUCAUCGGAUGAUGAUGAUAGUGACUUUGAAGGAUCGCAUCUAGCUGAAGCUGCAAGUGGUGGCAGUGGUACAAGUGCAGGAAGAAAAAGAGGUGAGCCAAAAGCUCGUAGUGCUGCCAAACAAACAUCUUCGAAGAAACGCACGGGUUUAUCAUUGCGUGCCAAACUUUAUAAUAAAUAUAGGCCACCACCUAAAACAUUUUCACCACCCGGUAGUGCAGUGGGCAAGAAUUCUCCAUCAGCAUCUACGUCACGCGUGAAUUCAAAAAACGCCACGGCGCCCAAUGAAAGCAAUAGUAUCAAACGUAUAACUAAUGACGAAGAAGAUUCAGGUUCCAAUAGUGAUUCCAGCAUCGAUAACUACCUAGUUAAUCCCGAUGAUUUGGACAUUCAGUCGAGUUUUUUCAAUAUAGAAGCUAAGCCAACGAAAAGGCCGUCAGUCUCACCAGUUCCAGUAUUUGACUGUAAUGCUGGCCUAGCGAAUCUUUCCGACUCUGCAUCAGACGAUGAGCAAAAAAAUGAAAAGGCUUUUGACUUUAACAAUUUGCUGGAAUACGCCAAAAGUCUGGAACGCGUUAAGGAAAGCGUUGCCAAACACAACGCUGAAGAGUCUAGUAAAAAAUCGUCAGCCUCCACAAAUAUUGAUACUUUAGAUGUAUAUGCCGUGCUUGCAUUGGGCGAAAAACAGAAUCGUUCGCACAACGAUGGAGAAGAUGAAGAUGAUGAAGACGACGACGAUGAAGUUGUCGGCAACGAUCAACGUCGUGGCAAAACUCAACCUUCAAAACUAAACAAAACCAAAUCUACACGUAUUAAACGGCAUACGAAAACACGUCCUACAUCCACUGUGGCAGCUAACGAUACCGACGAUUCUGAUUGGGAAGAAGUUGCAGAUACUUCGGAAUGUAUUGAUACCACGGCAACAUCGAGCGAUAUUUCACAAAUUGGUAAUCUUGAAAUACACGUAGAGUUGCCAUCUCGCAAUCAUGAGAAGAAAACAAAGACCCAACAGGAUAUUGAAAUGGCUUUUAAGCGCAGAUUAAAUCGCGAUAUUAAGGAACGACAAGUUUUCCUGCACAAAGCCAGUUUGUUGUGUCAUUUUGGUCGUAUAUUUUUUUACAAUCGUUUGCUCAACGACACAAGCUUAAUGGCAAAAGCUUUGAAGCUUUUGCCCAGUAAGUCCGCUUAUCCACCUGAGCAAGGAACUGAAAUAAAAUACUUUCAGUCAAUGGUAACAUGGUUUAAGAGUGCGAUAAAAUUAAAAACACAGAAUUUAUAUCCAGAAAAGUCAGCGGCCAAAACAAAAGCUAAAGCGCACAUCGAACUUUUGAAACAGAUUGAGAAAAAGGAAGCUCGUAGUAAACAGGACAUGAUUUUUAUAUUCAUUAUUCUACUGCGUGGUAUGGGACUGCAAUGUCGUUUGAUUGUAAAUAUGCAACCGUUGCCUCUAAAACCAGCACAAUCAGAUUUGUUAACGAUUAAAAUCAAAAAAGAUGAUGAAAGUCACGAUAAAAAUGCCUCAGUAUCUUCUAAAAAUAUCAAAAAUUUGGAUCAAGAUUCAGAUAAUAUAACUGAUGCGGAACUGAAGCCAUCUUCGUCCAAAGUGAAAGUUAUCAAACAGGAGAGCCUAGAAAAGGAACACAAAAAAGAAGCAGCUAAAAAGAUUUCAAAAAAUCCAAUUAAUAAAAGUGAUUCAAAAGAGAAAAACUCAAAAAAGAAUCCACUUAAUAAAAGUGAUUCAAAAGAGGUAUACUCAGAUAAUUCUAAUGCGGAAAGGGAGCAACAAGCUAAAUCUAAAACAAAUAAGAAAACCAAACAAAUUGCCUCUGCAGUAAGAGGCGAUGGCAGGAUAGCAGAAUCAAAAUCUGGCAGCAUUGCGGUUAAUUCCAAAGAAAUGGAAAAUCGCGAAAAUAAUAAAGACAAUAAAUCCGAAUCUUGUGCCAAAAAUGUAAAACAUACUAAAAAAGAGAAAACUAAUGAAAUUAAUGUUAAACAUAUCGAUGAAAAGACAAAAACAGCAUCAUCAAGUGCAAAGCCACCUAAGCAGUCUGAUAAAGAUACAUUUGAUCACAUAUCUAAAGGAAAUAAUAAAUCAAAACAGAAAAAUGUGAAAGAGGUUGAAGUUAAAAUGACUAAAACUACUACCGAAAGUCCUGUAGUUUCAGAGUCUUCAUCACAAGGCAUCAAUAAUGGCUCUGCAGAUCUGGAAUGUUCACAGAAAGAAAAUAAAACAAAAUCUCUUAGUAAAUCUAAUUUGUCUCGCUUGAAGCGAACCAAAGCAAACGAUAACAAUAAUACCCAAGAAGAGAACCCUAAGAAGAAACCUACAAUUGAGGCCGGCACUUUGGUCAUACCAAAAAUUGUUGUACAAGCUGGAAAAGACCAAAAUCCUACAACUGAACAACCAACUACCUCAAGACAAACUCGAAGCACACGGUCUCGUAGCAAAUCUCCACAAGCUCACAUAUCGACUGCUUUUCUACUUCAAAGCUCACACUACAAAGAGAAAUUUCCUGGUAUUAUUCCACAAAAUAAAAAUGUAAAAAACACAAAGGUGCGUGGCAAAAGUCCCAUUAAUAAAGCAAAAAUUUCAACUGAUUUUUUAAAAAAUCCUCAACUUGGCAACAUUCAAAAACGUGUCCUUCGUUCACGACAAAAGACAAAUGAAGAGCCUCUAGAUAAUACAAAAUCUAUGCACGUGGAAAUACCCCAACUAGAUGGCGCUAAUGAUAAUGAGGCCGAUUGUGAGAAUGAUGUUUCGAAAUCAAAAAAGAAACGUCGUGCAAACAUAAAAAAAGUAAUGGUUCAACGAAGUACAGAAAAUUCCGAUGAAGAUUUUGAACCGUCACCACCGAAGAAACCAAAAACUGCUCCCGCUUUAGCUAAACAAGAUCGUCGAGUACUCUCGUCCGAUGAUGAAAAUGAUAAAGUUGACAGUGCAGAGAAGGCAAAACGUAAACAAAUCGCAGGCGAUUUGUGGAUUGAAGUUUGGUCUGAUGUAGAAGAACAGUGGGUUUGUGUCGAUAUAUUUAAAGGAAAAAUACAUUGCGUCGAUACAAUAAGGAAAUCAGCUUCGCCAUCUUUGGCGUAUGUGUUCGCAUUUCAAAAUGAUUUAAGUAUUAAAGAUGUAACUGCAAGAUAUUGUCCGAACUGGACUACCGUUGUACGUAAAUGUAGAGUAGAUAAGGCCUGGUUAGACACAGCUAUUUGUAAGUAUUUGGGUCAUCGUACUAAGCGUGAUAUAAAAGAAGAUCAGGAAUUGCGUCGAAUUCAUGAAGAGAAACCAAUGCCAACUACUAUUAGUGACUACAAAAAUCAUCCGUUUUAUGCACUGGAACGUCAUUUACUAAAAUUCGAGGCACUAUACCCACCCAAUGCUCCUGCGCUCGGCUACAUUCGCGGAGAAGCGGUGUAUUCAAGGGAUUGUGUCCACAAUUUGCACUCCCGUGAAAUUUGGCUGAAGCAAGCCCGAACCGUAAAAUUAGGUGAAAAACCAUACAAAAUUGUGAAGGCCCGACCAAAAUGGGAUAGAAUUACCCAAACUGUCAUAAAAGAUUUGCCACUAGAAGUAUUUGGUUACUGGCAGACUGAAGACUAUGAACCCCCAACAGCUGAAAAUGGCUUAGUACCACGUAAUGCUUACGGUAAUGUUGAGUUAUUCAAACCGUCUAUGUUGCCAAAGAAAACUAAGCACAUACGUUUACCUGGUCUUAAUCGAAUUUGCAAAAAACUCGGUAUCGAUUGUGCCAAUGCUGUAGUGGGUUUUGAUUUUCACCAGGGCUCUUGUCAUCCCACCUAUGAUGGUUUUAUUGUUUGCGAAGAAUACGAAGAUCAAGUUGUUGCUGCCUGGCAUCAAGAUCAAGAAGAACAGGAAGUCAAAGAACAAGAAAAAUAUGAGGCUCGUGUUUAUGGCAACUGGAAAAAACUCAUCCGUGGUCUUCUCAUUCGUGAACGUCUAAAAUUAAAAUAUAAUUUUUAAAACAGAAAUCAUUCAAUAAAUUGGGUGUAGCGUUUUAAGCUACAGUCGCACAAUAUACACCUAAGAAA